AUGCUAAGGGCGCGAGGGAGUACUCCCCCCCCCGGCGGCGCUCGCGCGCCAGCUCGACUCGUCCCUGCCUAUCACCUUCGCCAACGUGUUCUUCGCGACCUACCUCACGGACAAGAUCUCAGACCUAUUCGACGUCCUCUGCCUCAACCGUUACUACGGGUGGUACACCGAGACCGGAGACCUCGCCGAAGCCGAGAUCGCGCUCACGACCUAGAUGCAAGGCUGGGUCAAAAAGUUCGACAAGCCGAUCGUGAUGACCGAGUACGGCGCGACACAGUCUCCGGCUUGCACUCCGUCCUUAGGCUGCCGUGGAGCGAGGAGUACCAGGUGGCGAUGCUCGGGAUGUAUCAUAAGGUGUUUGACUCGAUUAAGGCGAUGGCGGGGGAGCAUGUGUGGAAUUUUGCCGACUUUGAGACGAGUGUCGGGACGGGGAGGGUGGAUGGGGAUAAGAAGGGCGUGUUUACGAGGGAUCGGAGGCCGAAGGCGGCGGCGCAUGCGUUGAGGGAGAGGUGGACGAAGUUGAAGAAGAAGUAG